AUGGACCACUUCAGUUCUGACUCAGACUGUUCCUGCAGGAGCAGAAUGGACCACUUCAGUUCUGACUCAGACUGUUCCUGCAGGAGCAGAAUGGACCACUUCAGUUCUGACUCAGACUGUUCCGGACACGUGGAACAUUCAGAAGGAAAGAAUCAUUGGAACGUAAACUGUGGCUCCUGGUUCUCUGAAGGAGGGAGCACAGACAGGAACAGACCCAAGAAGAGCUUUGUACACCAACAGCAUCCAGUGUGUGCACCUCCUCACUGCACCUCCUCACUGCGCCUCCUCACUGCACCUCCUCACUGCACCUCCUCACUGCACCUCCUCACUGCGCCUCCUCACUGCACCUCUCACUGCGCCUCCUCACUGCACCUCCUCACUGCACCUCCUCACUGCGCCUCCUCACUGCGCCUCCUCACUGCGCCUCCUCACUGCACCUCUCACUGCGCCUUCUCACUGCACCUCCUCACUGCGCCUCCUCACUGCACCUCCUCACUGCGCCUCCUCACUGCGCCUCCUCACUGCACCUCCUCACUGCGCCUCCUCACUGCCAGUGUGUGCACCUCCUCACUGCCAGUGCGUGCACCUCCUCAUUGCACCUCCUCACUGCCAGUGGAGGCCACUGGGCUUUAG